GCCAGUUGAAGCGCAAGUCCAGCGCGAAACUGCACCAUUGCCCAGCGAGACACCCCUGCACUAGCAUCUGUCUGCACUUGGUGUAAGAGUAUCAGAAAUAAAGUAUACACUGAAGCAUUACAGAGUGUUUGCUAAAUCAAGAACACAGUCUUAUUUCCCUCGUGUAUGAUACUUGAGUCGCUUACCUAAUAAUGUAUUGGAAAUCUGCAGAGGGCGGUUUAGUGACUUGUCUACUGGCUUAUAGUUUCCUGGUGUCCGUAUGCAAUGGAGCUUGUGUUGACAGAGAACCCAAACUAUCAAGUUUAGGUGAAAAACCUGAUGGAUGCAUGGAUGGGGACAUCAAAAGAGAUUUAGACUCAACAUGGUUAAAAGAAGGAUGCAUGGAAUGUACUUGUGACUCAAAUGGCCUGAUCAACUGCUGCAGCAGGACACUGGAGCCAAUCCUUGAGGACAAGGCAUGUGAAGCCAUUUUGAAUCAAACAACCUGCACAUACAGUAUCAAGAGAAAGGAUAACUCUCCUGAGCCCUGUAUAAGCUUGGGUUUUAUGUGAUACAAUGAUGUCACAGGUCAAAGAAAGAGGCAACUGAAAAGAGCUGCAAGUGGAUUUUUGUAUAGAAACAGUUGUGUGUGUAUAUGACACCACUGUGUUUAACAUUUGUAAUAUAAAUAUGUCUUUUCACUUUAUUAUAGUGGUUUGUUUAAUGUCUUAUGCACCUUUUACAAUAAAU